UGUUCCAUGUAAAUCUAUGUUCUCUGUUACGAUCCUUACGAUCGUUACGAUCCCACGUGUGAAAAAAAGAUACAGGCAGGGAUAAAACUAAUUUCUAUUUACUGUCUCUUCUACAACUCGAAAGACCAUAGAUUUCUUUCAAUAUCGUAAAAAAAGCAAUGAUUUUGACAAGGUGACGAAAAAUUUUGUGAAAAUGUCGACAUCCUGUGUCGAGAUAAUAGACGACAUCGAAGAUUUGAUAUCCUCGCAAGACAUAACCCCAAAACAAAGAUACAGUACAAGGAAAAAAGUAACUGUUCGUUCAAAGACGAAAAAGUGUAAUGAUGAAUUCUCUGACUUUUCGCAACAUCCUGAAACUCAAACGAGCAUAAUUCCAGGAUCUCAAACUAUUUAUGUUAAAACUUGGGGUUGUACACAUAAUAGUUCCGACAGCGAAUACAUGGCAGGUCAAUUGGCUGCCUAUGGCUAUAAUUUGACGGAUGACAAAAUGCAAGCUGAUUUGUGGCUGCUUAAUUCUUGUACUGUAAAAGCACCUGCCGAAGAUCAUUUUAGAAAUGAAAUCGAGACUGGUAAAAAAAUGGGAAAGCACAUUGUCAUUGCUGGUUGUGUUCCUCAAGGAGCUCCAAAAACUGGAUUCCUCCAAGGCCUCAGUACAAUUGGAGUGCAGCAGAUCGACCGAGUGGUAGAAGUUGUGGAAGAGACGCUGAAGGGCAACACAGUGAAGUUUUUGGGACAGAAAAAAACAUCUGGCAAAAAAAUAGGUGGUGCCUCCCUCUCAUUGCCAAAAGUUCGUAGAAAUCCUCUGAUCGAAAUAAUAGCAGUGAAUACAGGUUGUUUGAAUCAGUGUACAUAUUGUAAAACGAAGCAUGCAAGAGGAGAACUUGGAAGUUAUCCACCGGAGGAAAUAGUCGAAAGAGCUCGUCAAGCCUUUGACGAAGGAGUGAGGGAGUUGUGGCUAACUUCAGAAGACACCGGAGCUUAUGGCAAAGACAUAGGCACAAACUUGCCAGAAUUAUUGUGGCAACUUCUGAAAGUCAUACCUGAAGACUGUAUGAUGAGAGUGGGAAUGACGAAUCCUCCUUACAUACUUGAGCAUUUGGAGGAAAUGAGUUUGAUUUUGCAGCAUCCACGGGUUUACAGUUUCCUUCAUGUCCCAGUUCAAUCCGGGAGCGAUCAAGUUCUCGCAGACAUGAAGAGAGAAUAUACACGAGCGGACUUUGAGAGAGUGGUCGAUUAUCUGCAGAGUCGAGUCGAGGGAAUGACAAUUGCUACUGAUAUUAUUUGCGGCUUUCCUACCGAAACGGAUCAAGAUUUUCAAGAUACAAUGAGCCUGUGCAAAAAAUAUAAAUUUCCCAGUUUAUUCAUCAAUCAAUUUUUCCCACGACCGGGCACGCCUGCUGCCAAAAUGACCAAAGUUCCAACUCAACUUGUUAAACAGCGGACGAAAAAGCUUUCAGAAUUCUUUCAAUCAUACGAGCCUUAUCAACAUGAGAUUGGACAAAUUCAACGCGUUCUCGUUACCGAAGUCUCACACGACAAAGCCCAUUUCGUCGGACACAACAAGUUUUAUGAACAAGUUCUCCUGCCCAUGAAGGAGGAAUUUAUGGGAAAAAUGGUAACCGUCAAAAUCACCGAAGCUAUGAAAUAUUCUAUGAAAGGAAUUCCCAUCGAAAUCAACGAAUCGCCUUCUCUAAAAUCUCCUUUGGCCAAAGGUCUCGUUUCUGGAAUUCGUGACGAAAUUAAACCCUCCAAAUACAAAACUCUCGCUGUACUUGCCAUUUUUUUUGCUAUUUUCAUGAGAGUACUUUGGAAAUUAUUUAUAUUUUAACAAUUGUCAAUGCUUUGACCAAUGUACCUCAGAAAUUGUAAUAUUCGGAUGGAAAAUAGUAUGAGAUACUUUUUCGAGUAUACACUGCAAACGGUCCGAAUAAAAUCAUAUUUUCUAUCAUUCGUUCCUCACCGCUGUAUAAACAGAGACUGUAAAGCAAUGGAAAAGGGAAGUAAAGAGUGUGAGACGAUAAAUAAAAUCGAAAUUUUCAAGUU